CUUAAACUUCUGUAUUUUUGUCUGGGUUUUCUCUGUCUGUUUGAUACAGGCCAGUCGCCUGUUCUUUAAACAAAGGCCAUUGCGCUUGAUUCAUUUUAUUUGGUGAUGAUCCUGCUAGUCCGUUUGUUACCUGUCGUGAGCUGGAUGCCAUUUUGAGUUUCCUACCUGUGUAGUUCCGUGACACUGUCAGGAGGAUAUAGCAGAGGAAGAUCUCUGCACUAGUGAGUCCAGUAGCUGCAGCAUGGAUGGACCACAGAGCCAAGGCCCUCCCCCGGGGAUCAGGCCAAUUGUUCCUAUUGAUAACAAAACUCGCAUCCCAAGACCAAUGCAGUGUAGUGUUUUGCUGCUAAAUGGGGAGGUGUACGAGGUGGCUGUUGACAAACGAUCAACAGGACAAACCCUUUAUGAAAGAGUUUGUGAUCACUUGGACUUGCUGGAGAGGGACUAUUUUGGGCUGACCUUUAAAGAAGACCUUGACCCAGAGAAUGUGAAAUAUUGGCUCGAUCUGAACAAAAAAAUUACCAAACAAAAAAAAAGAGGAAAGAUGGAAUUUGAGUUUGCGUUGAAGUUCUAUCCCCCAGAUCCUACUCAGCUUUCAGAGAGUUUGACCAGAUACCUAGUUUGUCUACAGAUUAGGAGAGACAUAAUAAGUGGAAAGCUGCCUUGCUCUCAGGCUACACACGCCAUGUUAGGGUCCUAUGCUGUCCAGGCUGAUAUUGGUGACUAUGACCCCAUUGACCAUGGCACAGGUGUGGAUUACAUUAGAGACAUGCCUUUUGCCCCAGACCAGACUGAAGACUUAAUCUACAAAAUUGCUGCCUUACACAAACAACACAAAGGACAAACCCCAGAGCAGGCAGAGCUGCAUUAUCUGGAGUACAGUAAAAAAAUUGCCCUGUAUGGAGUAGAUCUUCAUAAGGCCAAGGAUUCUGACUAUGUUGAUAUUUUACUGGGUGUGGGAGCUACUGGCAUUUCUGUAUACAGAGAUAAUCUCAGGAUCAACAGAUUUGUUUGGCCAAAGAUCUUAAAAAUAUCUUACAGAAGAAACAAGUUCUUGCUUAGGAUUCGCCCAGCAGAGUUUGAGACUUAUGAAAGCUGGAUUGCAUUUAGACUUCCAAACAAUAAAAUGGCCAAACGUGUGUGGAAAAUUGCAGUGGAACACCAUGCUUUUCUUCGUUUGAGAUCAGCUGAUGAUGCCAAGAAGAGGACAGGCUUCCCACGGUUUGGUUCCAAGUAUCGCUACUCUGGCAGGACACUUUAUCAGACAAGGCUCAAUGCUUCCAUGGCAGACAGACCAUCCAAGCAGUUUGAGAGGGCUCACAGCAGACAGUCCCUGAACUCGGUCUUAAAUAACAACAAAUCUAGGAGUCAGGAUAAUUUGAGUCAUCGACGUGACUUGUAUGAAUAUCGUAGCCUGGAUAUUCACAAUCUUUCGUUUAAUGCAAUGAAGGAAGAUGUGAAUAGAUCGGCACUUUCAAGAGUAACUGAAGAUUCCUUCCAGGAAGACAGAACACCGUUGCAGUCUCCACUACCAAAAGAAGAAUCUCCCAAAGUUAUAACUCGAGAAAUUAUUAGGCAACCAGUUAAAAAGGCCAAAGGGGAAAGUUCAUCUUCAGAGGAUGAAGAUUUUGAUAACCGGCUUCCUGCAGUUCCUCAAGAUUCCCCACAAGAAGAGAGAAGGCCAACUGUCAGGUAUUCUCCUCAUGAAGAUAGGAGAGGUGUGUCCAACCACAUGGGAGGGGUGGCAACUCCUCUAGCAGCAGUAGCCCUGCAGAACAAGAGGAGAUCUGAGAGUGACAGAUCAGAAAGUCUGGACCGGUCAAGAGACAGUUCCAGUGCAAAGGGUAGCUUAGACUCUAUUGAUCUGAAGGAAACACCUGCAGCUAAAGUCAAGCCUGCAGUUGCACCAAAACCUGGCAAAGAAAAGCCUCCAGUUGCUAAAAAACCAGAAAAGCCUCCAGUAGCGGAAAAACCACAGAAAGCUCUAAAGCCUUCAAAGAAAGAAAAGGAAAAUGAAUCUAAGAAGGAAAAAGACUCCAAAAAAGAAAAAGAUUCUAAAAAAGAAAAACCUCCUAAAAAAGAAAAAGAAACACCUCCUAAAAAAGAAAAAGAAGCAAAGAAAGAAAAAGACUCAAAAAAAGACAAGGGAGCAAAAAAGGAGGCAGUAAGAGAAGUGUUUAUGUAAAAGUUGUGUGUAUAGCUCUGUGUUCACAAUUGUUAUCAAACUAUCAGCAGCAUACAUUUUAAUGUUUAUAUUUGUCUUAUCGAUUUUUUCAGUACUUUUGUUGUAUGUCCAUUGAUUUUCAAUUGCGGUUUAUAACAUAGUUAUCAUAUUGUAUGCUGACUUGAGUUUAAUCAGUUUACAAGUAGAACUGAUCUUUUUAUACCAUAAACAGUGGGCAGCCUAAGUAAGAGAGAUUAUAGAUGCCGAUAUUAUCUUUUAUCAGUUUUAAAUUGUGUAUUUGAUUUCUUCAUUGAAAGGUAAAACUGUUAUCCAUUUUCAUUCUCAGUUUCAACCAAUUUCAAUACAUUUUUGCUGCUUGUUAAUUUGUGAGUUUUGAAGAAUGGCAUAAUUGUUUACUUUGUGAAGUUUACUUUUCGUCCAUUACAAUUGUGAACUUGAAAAAGAUUAGUAUGGAUUAGUAGUUGUGGGGAUUUUUACUGUACAUAUUUGUUUUAAAUAGUCCCUUAAAUUGAAUAUUAUUGACUGUAAAAAAGACUGUAUAUGAUGUUGGAAAGUGUUUUAUAUAUCAUCCAUUGUAUAUUUCACAUUUAGUGUUUGCACUGGAUUACUUUUAACUCCAGACUGCACAGUUGUCUUGUAGUGGAGCAAUAUUUAAUUUUCUAUCCUGCAUUUUUAAGGCUUGUUUGGGCAUCAUUUUAAUCCAAGAUAUGUAACCAAAAAAAGUGUGUUGCCAUUUUUUAGGUUAGUUUUUUUUUUUUUUUUUAACAUUUUGUACUACCAGAUACCAGAUUUUAAAUAAGAUCUUUUUUUAGUUUUUUGUUCUAGACAACAAAGUAAAUUUUACUAAAAAUUUUUUAUUGUAAAAUUUUAAGUGCUCAAUGUAAAAAAAAUAUUUAUAUUUUUAAAGAGCUAUUACAGGUAAAUAUUCUAAUGCAAUGCCUUCCAUUUUAAUUAACAAUAUUUUCAUGAUCGUUAACUUGGUCUUUAAAAUAAAGGUUGAAUUAAAAUGUAAAAUAUUGGCCACAUGUACUAUUUUAUAUUUGAUACUCUUUAUUCCUUGUAAUUCGUAACCCAACAUUCCAUAUUGUUUACAAGAUUGUACAUUUUUAUAUAUGCAAAAAUUUUGACAGCAUGUUUAAUGAAUUGGCAGUUUUUUAAUGAAAGUGUAAUGUAUACUUUUAAUUUCAUAAUAUUGUCUGUUUUUAACUAUACAACCAUUGAACAUUAAUAAACAUCAACAUACAAUUUAAAAAUGUUUC